AUGGUUUCAAGCUCAACAAUUGAGGUCCCUCAUCUCGGCGGGAUCAAAGCCGGCUAUGCCUUGUCGGAUAACAGAUAUGAUCCGUCAAAGCCGACUGUCGUCAUGAUCAACUCCAUGUGCACAACUGUUGCGCUGUACAACGAUCAAUUUGAAGACAAGAAGCUAACUGAUGCGGUCAACCUAUUGGCUGUCGAGCCUUUGGGUCAUGGUUCGACGAGUUCAUCCACUGAGCAUUUCACAUACUGGGACUCGGCAAUCAUGGCUUUGCAGGUAAUGGAUAAGCUCGGCAUCAAAAAUGCGUUUGCGCUCGGAACUAGUCAAGGCGGUUGGGUCGUCGUUCGAAUGGCCUUGUUGAUGCCCGAAAAGAUCUUGGGUCUUCUUCCAUUAGGAACAUCAAUGGACUACGAGUCCGCAGAAUCACGAGCACUAGGCGCCUGGGAGCCCGCCAGUAUCAUAGCACCGUUUGUGGAGAAAUGGACAGCAAAGACGGAAACCCCGGAAUUCGUGGUCGAUGACGUCUGGUGUGGAAUGGUGGCCAGUUUGGGCUUCAGUGGUACAGUCUCUGCCGAAACCACGACAUUCUUUAAGAAAGCGGUGAAGAGCACAUACGUUGGUGACGAGGGACGCAAGAAAGUUCGAAUGGCUUCGAUGAAUCUCUUGUCCAGGGAUGGCCUUUUGCUCCGGUUACAAGACAUCAAGUGUCCUGUGUAUUGGUUGCAGGGCACCGAAGAUGCUCCAUUCGGCACGACUCUGCCAGCUGAGCAAGUCAAACUUUUUGUCUCAUCCAAGGAAGCUAAGUUGAGGAUAGUAGAAGGUGGGGGGCAUUACUUGAAUGCGACUAGUCCAGCGGAGGUUAACGAGAGCAUUUUGGAAAUUGUGAGCAAAUACUCCAAUUAG